UUUCGCUUAUAUUGGCGUUUUCUUCUCUCACCUCCUCUUCUCCUCCGCCUUCUUCUCCUACCCUCUUAUCUCCUUUUGGUUAUGAAAUUGGAAGCAAAGGAGGAUGAGAAACUCUAGAAGGGUAUAAAAGGUUUUUUUUUUUUAUUUUAUUUUUUUUUUAAUUUUCAGAUAGAUUGGCGGCCAAGAGAGAUGGCCUCAAAUCAGAGCAUCUCAGUGUCGGUGAUUGUGUUCUUCCUCUUGGCUGUAUUCUCUACUGUUACCGCCACCACCUUCAUUGCAGGGGACGUGCUCCAAUCUCACGGACCCACUGGCCGAAAUCUUUUGCAGGCCAAAAAGAAAUGCGAGAUAAACUUUGAGUCUAUGAACUACACUAUCAUCACGAGCCAGUGCAAGGGACCGCAGUACAAUGCUAACUUCUGCUGCUCGGCUUUAAAGGAAUUCGCAUGCCCGCAUGCAGAGUCUUUGAACGAUCUCAGCAGUGAUUGUGCAUCAACCAUGUUCAGCUACAUAAAUCUCUACGGCAAGUACCCUCCAGGCUUGUUUGCCCAUGAAUGCAGGGAAGGGAAGGAAGGGCUUGUCUGCCCCGCUGAGCCUCCAAACUCUGGUGAUGCCAACCACAUUGGUCAGGGCUUCUCCCAUCACGCACUCGUCCUAUCUGGGUUCUUCGUAGCCUUCCUCCUCGGCUGAACGUUCCGCAAGCUGCAAGCGCCUGCGUGCAGGGCCGGUCCUGAUAUUUUUUAGACCUGGAGUCAAAUAAAAAAAAAAAUUUAUUAAAAAUUA